CUAUACCAUAGUCGAUAACGUAAUGAUAACGUACAACUCAUAACCUCAAUGUUUGUUUAUAUUUUAGAAAUGAAUCAUGGCUGGAAGUUAUUUUUCUAAGUGUUUAUAUUGUUUUUUAAUACUGUUUAGUUUAGUGUGUACAAAUUUAGCAGAAGAAAUAUGUUCGAGUACAUCUACGUGCCUUUGCAAUAUGAAUGAUGAUAAAUACAUAAACAUAUCAAAUAUUACAAAUGGCCAAAAGUACCUCACAGCAGAGAAAGGAAAUUUAACGUACUAUUUUUCUGGUUGCUCGUAUUUUACUCUACCAAAUGAUAAAUUCCCAAAUAUUACAAAUAAUUGCAAAAAUACGUCAUUUUGGUAAAACAGAAGGUACUUUUAAAAGAGGAGAUGGUGAAAUCGACUUCUUGAUAGUGCCAAAACAAAUUGCAACAAACCAAUCGGCAGUAAUUACCCUUGCUUGCACAAAUCUACAAAAUUCUUAUUUACUUGCUCUUCCACCUGAUUCAUCUACAUAUAAUUUGGUGUUAUUUUCCCCACAUUCUUGUGUCUUACUAUAUCACCGAGGUCUAAGUACAGGAUCUGUUUUACUUAUAAUAUUUUUUGUAUGUUUAACUGUAUACCUAGUAGGUGGAGUCUUAGUUUUACAUUUCUUAAGGGGCGCUCGUGGUAAAGAAAUGAUACCAAAUUAUGAAUUUUGGUCUGGCUUACCAUCUCUUGUAAGGGAUGGUUUUCUCUUCCUGUUAAACGGUUGUAAUCCGAUAAGUGUACCAACAGCUGAAUCCUAUGAUAGAAUAUAAGAAAUUUCUUGUAGUAUAUGUCUGUUUUUUAUGAAUAUUUGUAAAAAGAAUAAUAUGUAUAAUACCUACUAUGUUUCGUUUUUAAUUCUGUAAACUGCUUAAGAAAAUGUAAUUUACUUUUCAUAAUUGAA